UUGACCCCACGUAUGACUUUCCUAAUGGUAGGCCGGACCUGGCAGCAGAAAGUAAUCCUUUCUUGGGAAAUUUCUCUUUAUCCCUGCCCUGCUAGCCUCGCCCAAUGUUUAUAAGAGACGUACACAGAUGGAUUCUACAUGUCGUAGUAUUUUCAGCAUAUAGUAUCUAAUGGCAAAAAUAUUUGAGGUUGCUCGAGUUACCCCGUCUACCCACUCACCUGAAUCUGCUACUGAGUUAUCUCUUCCUCUCACAUUUUUCGACGUUUAUUGGCUCAAAUUCCACCCAGUUGAGCGCCUCUUCUUCUAUCAGCACACUGAUUUAACCCUCACAUUUUUUAACUCCGUACUUGUCCCCAAACUCAAACAGUCUCUCUCCCAUGCUCUCCUUCAUUAUCUUCCUUUUGCGGGAAGCAUCACAUGGCCUGAAGAUCAACAUGCUCCCAAACCUUUCAUUCUUUACACCCCAAAUGAUGGUGUUUCGGUCACUGUUGCAGAGUCUUAUCAAGACUUUUUCCAUCUUUCUGGCAACCAAAUCCGCAAGACUAUCGAAUCAAGUGCUUAUGUGCCUGAGUUGCCUGUAUCUGACUCAAAAGCAGCAACUAUAGCUUUCCAGAUUACACUAUUUCCAAAUCAAGGUUUCGCAAUUGGUGUCUCUUCUCAUCAUGCAAUCUUUGAUGGGAAAAGUGUAACCAUGUUCAUGAAAGCAUGGGCUUAUAUAUGCAAACAGAGCCAGGAGAAUGAUAAGAUUCCAUGUGUGUUACCGGAAGAGUUAACUCCGUUUCUCGAUCGGACUGUUGUUCGAGAUCCAUAUGGGCUUGAUAUGAUUUAUUUGAACAACUGGUCAGAAGCGAAGUUGCCAGGUUUAAAUGCUAAUAACCAUCGAAGCUUGAAGUUGUAUCAGGCUAAAGAAUUUGUGGCAAAUUCUGUUCGAGCAACAUUCAAGUUGAAUCUUGAAGAUAUAAAGAAACUCAAGCAAAAGAUAGUCUCUCAAUUGAAUGAUCCAGAUUAUAUCAAAUCAAUGCAUUUAUCAAGAUUUGUAGUCUCAUAUGCUUAUAUACUGCUUUGCAUUGUUAAAGCAAGAAAGCCAGAAAAGGGAACAAUGGUUAUAUUUGUGGUCAUAUCAGAUUGUAGAUCUCGUUUAGACCCACCAAUACCUGCAAGUUAUUUUGGUAACUGUGUUAAUGGCUACCCUAUAUUUACACAAGCGGAGCCUAUCCUCUCAGAGAAUGGGCUGGCCUUUGUUGCAAAGAAGCUUAGCGAAAGGAUAAAAGGGUUAGAGAAAGAAGCAGUGAUUAGCGAGGGAUUGAAGAAUAAUCUUGCAGGCUAUAUUAAAGCAAUGGAGCGAGAAUCAAGUGUAGGAGAAGCGAUUGCGGUUGGGGUUGCUGGAUCGCCUAAAUUUGAGGUUUAUGGGACAGAUUUUGGGUGGGGAAAGCCAGACAAGGUGGAGAUUAGUUCCUUGGGGAAUGGAAGCAUGUCUAUGGCAGAGAGCAGAGAUGGGAAUGGCGGAUUUGAGAUUGGUAUGGUUUUGAGGAACCAUGAUGAAAUGGAGAUGUUUGAUUCUAUUUUUGUUGAUGGCCUUAAAGAUCUGCAUUAGAAAUUUAAUUGCUGAUGAUCGAAAUUAAGAAUGAAUGAAGUUUAAGCCUGUUAAUAAAAUUGGUGUUUGCAUUUAACUAA